AUGCCCUGGGGUGGACGGUAUUUGGCUGUAAACCGCGAUCCAGAUGGCGCACAUUCAGAGGCCCUGGAAAUGGACAAUAUGAUGAUGGAUGAACCGGAGGAAGACAUAAUGGAGACAAGAGGAGCGUGGUAUGUAUUUCGUCACCCGAAAAUGUUUCGCAUGGCGUCUAAAUACUGUGAGUUUAAGCGCCCUGGGAUUCAAGUCUGUACCACACAGGUCGAAGAGUCAAGCAUUACGGGACUGAAUGACUUGACCGCUACCAAUUCCAAAACACCUCCCCGAGGGAAGCGCUGGUCUGAUCCAGUGUGGUGGUGUGUAUGCGGAAACACUGCUAUUCUUAUAAUCAAUGUGAUCUUUAUCAUCGUUGCGACAGCGUGGACGGGUUGUCAAUAUGGAGGCGUGGCCUUUGGCUCUAACAUCCUCUAUGAAGGAUCGUGCACUACGGCGAAAGAUCUGAAGAUUGUAAUCCAUUUGGCCAUCAACAUUUUCAGUCUAAUCUUGACGGCGAUGAGCAGUCUUUCCGGUAAUAUUCUGAUGUCUCCAUCAAGAGCUGACCUCGACCGCGCGCAUUCCGGGAGUAAUUGGCUCACUAUUGGUGUUUUUUCACUGCGGAAUCUUAGAAACCUACAAUGGCCACAUCGACUAACGUGGAUUGUUUUGACUGGGACAUCACUCAUAGUACAAUUCAUCUACAACUCUGUUAUUUAUUCCUCGCUCAAUGCAAACACUUAUGCCGCCUUUGUUGCAUCACACGACUUCAUCUCCAACAGCAGCAUUCCCGACUCUGAAUUUGAAGCUCAGUCAUGUUACUCAGAGGCUGAUCUUGCAUGGAACAUAACGGCUCUCCGGAGAAGCAUUCUCAACGGGGAAUUUGAAGUCCUGGAUCCCCAAGCAUGUAUUGAAGCCUACGCGGUGGAGUUUCUUUCAGACCGGCGAACCGUGAUUGCGGUUACCUCCGAAUCAAUGACUGAGAACAGCACAAGGCUAUACAUAAGUUGCUAUGGGUGGCCUGCUAGGAUUUAUGACGCCAUCACCGACAACAUCAUAGAAAAUAGUGGAUUGUUAACUCAACAGGACGCUUAUCAAACUAUAAAUUCCUAUACCACCGGCGACGCAUUCAGAUGGAUCUGCAGCGGGAAUGGUUGGAAUGACACAUACACGUACCAGUCUUGUUCAAAGGCAACAGCGCAAGAUAUGAGUCCAUGGACAAUAACGGGCCAAACAUGGGCGCCUUCCACUUCAAUCCAACAGGUCCCCAAUACCAUGUUGGACUGGAUAACGGUGGCUUGGGAAACCGAUACCGAUCUAGAAUUCAUCUGGACUGGACUGAAUCAGACCGAAAGGACCGAACUCCAAGCCAAACUCGAGGCGAAUCCCACUCUGGAACAGAUGCAGUCAUUUGUACGGAAUCGUAUAUGGAGUAACGAGACAUUUGGAGACGCCUUGGUAAUAAACGCAUCUUGCUUGGACAAGGAAUGGUUAUCCGCGGAGAGUUUUAUUGCUAAGCCUCCUCAACGAAAGCUGGCGUUUCCGGUUGACCAUUGCCUUAGCCAGUAUGUGGAUGAGCAAUGUCAGUUACUGUACAACAUGCCCAUCGGGGUUGUCAUCAUCAUAUGCAAUUUGCUGAAAGUGAUGUGUUUGUCGUUUUUGGUGAAUAUUGACCGUCGCAACCUUUUCCUCACGGUUGGCGAUGCUAUUUCUUCAUACUUUCAAAACCCAGACCCCUUGACAAAGGGUUGGUGUAUGCUGUCUAAAAAGACAGCCAAGCGGAGCAAGGUAUGCCCCUGGAACGCUUCAUGCGACCCCAAAGUGAGAAGCAUGCCACUUCCCGUAUCCCCUCCCCAUCCUGAGAAUCCGCCCACCAAGCGACGCACCUGGUCGAAUGCGUGUAAACCAGUUGUUACAUUGGCCACAUUGCCGAUCCUGGGGAUUUACAUCGCCAUGACCCAGAUCUUACCCAAAUAUGCCCAAGCAGCAGCCCAGGGCUUGCCAUAUCGUGAUGUAACAAUCUCGCAGAUAUGGGACAUCAAAGGCUUCGGCGCCGUGCAGUCGAAUGCCCUGCUCACGAACCUAGCCAGAACUUACGUGGGGAUGGAACUUCUAGCCAAUACACCGCAACUCCUCGUCUCAUUGCUCUAUUUCCUAUUCAACGACCAUCUGGCCCGCAUGCUACAUGCAGCAGACUACAACCAAUACGCAGUAUCCCGUCGGCCGCUGCGCGUAUCAUUCCCACGGGGCCAGCAGCGUUCAACAUUCUACCUCUCCAUCCCCUACCGCUACUCCCCCCCUCUCCUACUCGCCUUCGGGCUCAUCCACUGGCUCAUUUCCGAAGGCAUCUUCUACGUGCAACUGCUCCCCUAUGACCUCGCUGGCAACCCCAUCUUGUCGUCUAAGCUGAUGACAUGCGGAAUCUCGACGAUUCCGUUGGAGGUUGCCAUGUUUCUCACCAUUGCAUGUUUGCUGGUUCUUUGGGGCUUGUCUGCUAGAGAGUAUAAGUGUGCUACAAUGCCGUUUGCGUUGGGCUGUAGUGUUGCUAUUAGUGCGGCUUGUCAUCCGCCUACGAAUGAUACAGAUGCGGCGUUUAAGUCGGUUAUGUGGGGGGCUGUGGAUGAUGAUGAUGAUGAUGAUGAUCGCCCAGAUAGGAUGGCUCAUUGCUGCUUUACUUCCUUGGAAGUGACACAACCCCAAAAAGACCGUAUGUAUGUUUAA